UCUACGUCGAGUUUGACACAGCUCGGUAAAAGUGCCAGGCGGUGUAGGUACCGCGGCGCGCACUGCUCCUACGACAACAGCGGUUCCCACCGCUGUGUUCCGGCCGUCAGCCCCGCGCUUCCAAUGCAUCAGGGACCAUGACAGGCAUCGCCGCUGCUUCUUUCUUUUCCAACGCUUGCAGGUUCGGCAGCUGCGGGCUGCACUUCGAUUCCCUGGCCGAGCUCAUCUUGCACAUCGAGGAUAACCAUAUCGACACAGAUCCACGCCUUUUGGAGACACAGGAGCAGCAGCAGCCCACCUAUGUCGCCCUCAGCUACAUCAACAGGUUUAUGACAGGAGCCGCUAGGCAAGAGCACGAUUCGCUGAAGAAGAAGAUUCAGCCCAAAGUCUAUCUGUCUUUAAUGGGGAGUCUGUGUCGCAGCAAUGUGGCCGCACAACCUCGCCACACCAGCGGAAAUCUCACCCCUCCCGUCACACCGCCCAUCACUCCAUCCUCAUCUUUUCGUUGCAGCACGCCCACAGGCAGCGAGUGCGACGAAGAGGAGAUGGACUUUGAGGAUUCUGACAGCGACAAGUCGUGGACUACAGAGAACGCCAUCAGCUCGCAGUCAAUCCUCAGCUCAAUGUGCAUGAAUGGUGACGAUGAGAAACCCUUUGCCUGCCCCAUUCCGGGCUGUAAAAAGAGAUAUAAGAAUGUCAACGGGAUCAAGUAUCACGCCAAGAACGGCCACCGGAUGCAGGUAAGAGUACAAAAAGCCUUCAAGUGCCGCUGCGGGAAGAGCUACAAGACAUCUCAGGGUCUCCGUUACCACAGCGUCAACUUCCACCCACCUGUCACUGCUGAUGUCAUCCAUUGUAAAAUACGGUAGUAGGGACUUCAACGCAUAGCUGCUGUUUUCGGCACUUUGUUCUUCAGCUUUUUCACACACUUUCUUACCUUGUGCUAUGGACACAAGAUUUUGUUGAAUGCUUCAAAAGGGGAUAGGUUUUAUUCUGGAUGUUUAAAUGUACGAUUAGGACACAAUUUUGUAAUUUGCACUUUUUUUUUUUUUUUUUUUUACUUUAGGCCUCUAUGGUGCUUGUUAAUACUUUCCAAACGGCUUACUUUUUAAAAUGCCUUUGUAAUUCGACAUGUGCCAAACCCUUAAAGAAGCCAAUGUACAUGCACUGUUAAAAUUAUUUUUUUUGUAUUAUAUCAUGUAAUGACAGUAUAUAUUAUGUUCUAUGUCCCAAAAACCUGUUGAGUAUUCUAAAUUCUCCGUGAUUGGCUGGCAAAUCUUUAGUAUAUAGUAUUCUGAAUUCCCACUGUCAACUGGACUAGACUCCAAUCUCACAUACCUAAGCAGUAUUGAAGAUGGAUGGAUGGAUAUAUGGAAUGUUGCGGCCAAAGAGAAAAAGACAAAAUAUAUGCAGAAAAAUAAAUGGUAGCUUUACAAUAAGUCUGAUUCCUACAAGCAUGAGCUUGUAAUAUUUGCAUACUUGAUUUGCAAUCAAGUCACGACUGCACAAGAAGUUGUGAUAAAACCAUAGUUGUUCCAAAUUUGAUAAGAAUAUUGUACUGUAAUUCAGAAAACGUGGCAAUUUUAUGGAACUAAAAAAAUGGUCUGUCCAUCCAUUUUCUGCAUCCUCAGUAGGUUCAGUUAAGCAGGAGCCUAUAGCAGCUGAGUUUGUCACUUUUAUGACAUGUGUUUUCAGCAUUUUUCAAAUCUGAACUUUUAUCGUGGCCAGGGUAUAUAUACAUAUACAGUGGGGCAAAUAAGUAUAUAGUCAACCACCAAUCG